CCCUGGAGAAUGCUUCUCUGCAAGCCUCCAGCCUCUCGGAGCAGGAGGAGGAGGAAGAAGACAUGGUCUGGGAGAGGAUUGAGAGCGCACGGCACCAGCUGACCCGCUCCCUGAACCCCGCCAAGCUCACCCCCUACCUGCGCCAGUGCCGCGUGAUAGACGAGCAGGAUGAGGAGGAGGUGCUCAAUUCCUGCAGAUUCCCUUGCAAAAGCAACCAGACAGGUUACCUGAUGGACAUCCUCCGGCGCCGUGGGAAACGAGGCUGUGAAGCCUUCCUGGAGUCUUUAGAGUUCUACUACCCAGAGCAGUACACACGGCUGACAGGGAAGGAGCCAGCCCAGCGCUGCUCGAUGAUCCUAGAUGAGGAAGGCCCUGAGGGACUAACUCAGUUCCUGAUGAUGGAGGUGAAGAAGGUGAGGGCUCAGCGGAAAGAACACCUGCUGAAGGAACACCAGCUCCAGGUGAAAAACCAGGCGCUGGAGCAAGAGCAGGCUCGGCUGGAGCAGCAGCUGCAGGAGCUCCUGAAGGUGCAGGAACGUUACCAGAGGCUGAGAGAGGAGUGGGACUCCAACAGCGUGGAGCUGCUGAGGCUGAAGGAUGAGAACUACAUGAUGGCCAUGCGCUACGCCCAGCUCUGCGAGGAGAAGAACAUGGCUGUGCUGAGGAGCAGGGACCUGCAGCUGGUGGUGGACCAGCUGAAGUGCAAAGUGACCAGCCUGGAAGAGGAGAGCAGCCUGCUGCGGAAACAGGCGUCUGUGCCACCCCAACGAGAGCCAGAGGAGAGGAGCCACCCUGACCCUGUGUCUGAGCUGUGGGCUGAGAACCAGAGGCUCACGGCAUCGCUGCAGGAGCUGCAGGGCAUGCUGAAGACGUCCGGCGAGGGCCCUGUGCCAGGCUCUGAACAGAUCCUGCUGGACAUCCUGGAGCACGACUGGAAGGAAGCCCAAGAUGACCGGCAGGAUCUUUGCCAGAAGCUCAACUCCCUACAGAACGAGCUGCAGUGGGCUGAAGAGCUAAGGGACAAGUACCUUCAGGAGGUGGAAGAUCUACAGCUGAAGUUCAGGACGCUGCAGAAGGACUGUGAUCUCUACAAGCAUCGUAUGAACACGGUGCUGCUGCAGCUGGAGGAGAUUGAGAAAGAACGGGACCAGGCCAUCCAGAGCCGUGAUGGGGUGCAGCUCCAGUACUCCCAGAGCCUGAUCGAGAAGGACCAGUACCGCAAGCGUGUGAGGGCCCUGGAGGAGGAGAGGGACGAGCUCCUGAGCAAGCUGAGCCAGGCAGAGGGGCUGAACAGCUCCCUGGAGGCACAGCUCCAGAGGGGCCAAGGCGCCCGCAGCCUGAGCAAGAUGUGCAGCUCUUCCUACUCCCUCUGCUCCAACCUCAGCAGCACCUGGAGCCUCAUAGACAACCCUCCUGGGCUUGUGGAUGCUCCGGGGAUUUCUGUUAUCCCGUUCCUGGGGGAUUCAGCUGUUCAGAGCAUGGAGGUAACUCCUGACAGUGAGAAGGAAAUCAACCGCCUCUCCACCUUCCCCUUCCCUCCCUGCAUCGGCUCCAUCCUCCGCCGGCAGCGGGAAGAGAGGUGCCUGCCCUACAAAAGCUUGUCCUGCGGCUCCUUUAGCAGCAUUGAAGAUGCAACAGGCAGUGGUUUUGCUAGCACCUCGCAUGGGACCUUCUCUUCUUCCAGCAGCAGCUACGCCAGGGUGAAGUCUGAGAUCUGCUUGUCCACGCUUCGCAGCCACCAGGAGGUCACCAGGAGGUCACUGGUGGUCCAGCUCAGCAGCAUGGGUCACCCCAGCAACCCCUCACACCACGAGAAGAGGCUUGGAGCAGACAUCUCCAUCAUUGGAGGGAACAGGACAGGGAUUUAUGUCCAGUGGGUCAAGCCAGGCUCACGGGUGGAGGACACAGGACUCAGGGAAGGGUGCCGGCUCAUCGAGCUGAGGGUGCCAUCCCUGAAGGAAGAGGUCCUUUCCCUGGAGAACUGCACUCGAGAGGUCGCCUACUUGAGCCUGCUGCAUUGGGAUGAACCCUCUGCUCUCAUCUUUCAGCUGGACCUGGAAGGUUACCAGCCUCUGCGGGAAGCCCUGGAAGAAGGGAAGAAGCUUUCUGGAGACUCGUUCUACGUACGUACCAACCUGUCCCUCCUGGAGUCUUCAGACCCUUACGCUCUGUGCGUCAAGUGCCGGGAGAUCCUCCACGUCAUGGACACCAUGCACAAGGGGCAGCUGGAGUGGUACUGCUCCCGAGUCGACCCCUUGACCAUGAGGGACCUGGACAAGGGCACGGUGCCCAACUACAGCAGGGCUCACCAGCUUUUGAAGAUCCAAGAGAAGGGCCAGAUGCCUGGGCAGCAGAGGGGCCACAGAAAUAACCUAAAGAAACGGGCCUUGGACCAGCUUCGCCUGGUGAAAUCCAAAUCACAGAGGAGCCUAGAACAGCCCCCUCAGCAGCUGUGGCUGGACCCCUGCUCUGACCCAGAGCUGCACCUGAAGCCUUACAGCCUAGUGCGCCCCAUGGUGGUGAAGGCACCUCGUCCCGUGGUGCUGUCCCCUCCCUGCAUUGCUCCACGACUCAUCAGGAACCUGCUGGACUUGCCCACCUCUCGCCUGGACUUCCAUGUGUGUCCAGCAGAGAAGCUGGCAGAAGGGGAUCCCAGUGCAACCCACCCUCAGGAGCACCCUGUGUCUAGAACUGGCCCCCAGGACCGGAGGGAGAGUGGGCGAAUCCGCAUGAUCCAGGAGACGAUGGAGAAGAAUAAACACUGCCUGCUGGAGCUGGGAGUUCAGAGCGUGAGGGAUCUCAUCAGAAGUGAGAUAUACCCCAUUGUUAUCCACAUUGAGGUCACUGAGAAGAAUGUUAGAGGACUCAGGAGCUUGCUGGGGGAGGCGGGCCGGCGGGACUCGGAGGUGCUGAAGGCGUGUCGUGGUGCCGAGCAGGCUCUCCACACCCUGCCCUGCUCCUGGGCACGUCUGGAACCCCACGCCUGGAGCCGCCCCGAGGAGCUGCCCAAGGUCCUUCGGGGAUGCAUCUUCCAGGAGCAGACCCGCCCCCUGUGGAUCGAGGAGGGCGACGACUGA